AUGAUUCCUGCUUUAAAAAAACUUCCUAACAUAUGGUCUUCAGCUAUAACGUCAGUUCGAUGGUUAUGCACUUCGCCAUCCUAUCCAAACAACAAUUCUUCUGUUCCUCUCACAGAAUUGAGGAAUCGCCGUGAAAUCUUCGUCAACAAACUGAAUAUUUGCACUGAACAGCUGGUAAAUAAGCCUUCUUAUCACAUAGUUAUAAUACCAGCCUCAGAAAUACAGUAUAUGGCUUACCAUGUUCCAUACCGUUUUCACCAAGAUUCCAACUUCUUCUACUUCACAGGGUUAAGUGAACCAAAUGGAGUUCUAGUGUUUUGCACAGAUAAAACAGAAGAACGUCACGAUCAAAGUGACUCCAAUUGGUCGACACAUCUAUUCUUGGAGACUCAGAACAAACAUGCCGAGAUCUGGGAUGGUCCAUCUUUGACGUUAUCAGAAGCCUCUUUGGCAACUGGGGUUGAUAAUUCUCAUGCUUUGAAUGAGUUUAGUAACUUUUUGAACCGUCAAGCUUCAUUUACACAGUCCGUAUGUGUUUGGUAUAGUCCAUUAUCAUCCAAAAAUUUUGUUGAGCGCCCCUUAAAUAAGUUCAUUUUGAAAAAGAUUUUAGAAUUCUCCCGACAAACUAGCGACAAAAGUAUUAGUUUUGAAAAUCCAGACUAUAUAAUCGACAGCAUUCGCUUUAUAAAAUCAAAUUAUGAAAUAAAACAGAUAAAAAUCGCGGUUAUUGCAGCGAUCGAGUCUCUUGAGUCGGCUAUGCAAAUUACACAACCAGGAAUUACGGAAACUGCUUUACAAGGUCAUAUAGAAUACCAAAUGCGCAGCCGAGGCUGUUCUGUCGGGUAUCCUCCUGUUGUUGCUGGAGGGAGUAGAACAAACAUCAUUCAUUAUAUGAAAAACAAUAUGAGAAUUGAGAAUGGGGAAUUGGUUUUGGUGGAUGCUGGAUGUCGCUUUAACGGGUACACGUCCGAUAUUACCCGAACUUGGCCAGUAAACGGAAACUUUUCGGCACCUCAGAAAGUUAUACAUGAAAUAUUAGUUGAUGUACAGAACUCAUGUGCAUCUUUAGCCUCUCCUGAACAAAGUCUGCAAGAUGUUUAUCACCAUAUGCUGUCUGAAAUAGGACGACACUUAAUAAGUGAGGGGAUUAUCCCAGACCAGGACAAGUUGUAUGUUGCACAAAAGAUUUGUCCACAUCAUGUCGGACAUUAUCUUGGUUUAGACAUUCAUGAUACUCCUACGAUACCUAGUACAAAACGUUUUGAAGCAGGCGUUGUGUUUCCUUUAGAACCAGGUAUUUACUUCAGAGAUGAGUUGACGAAACUGGGCGUUUCGAAAGAGUUUCUGGGCAUCGGUAUGCGAGUAGAAGACGAUUUCGUCAUGUCAAAAACUGGCUGUGCUGAGAAUUUAGAACAUGUCAAAGAUAAUUUAUUAUUGGAAGAACCUUAA